CCCCUCCAAAUCAUUUGAUUCAGGUGUUUCAAUCACCUCCAUGGCCACAAGAGUAUAAAAUCAAGCACCCAGGCAUGCAGACUGCUUCUACUAACAUUUGUGAAAGAAUGGGACGCUUUCAGGAGCUCAGUGAAUUCAAGCGUGGUACUGUGAUAGGUUGUCACCUGUGCAAUAAGUCCAUCUGUGAAAAUUCCUUGCUACUAAAUAUUCCACAGUUAACUGUCAGUGGUAAUAUGACAAAGUGGAAGCAACUGGGAACAACAGCAACCCAGCCA